UAUUUUCAGAAUGAUGCUGAAGUAUAACCAUAACAAUUUGGGCAACACGUUGUUGUUGUUGUUGUUGCAUCACGUUGGCGAGACUCGAGACGCUUCUUGGCCUCCAGCUCUGCCUUCCACUCCACCAUGGCGGACGAGGAAUUUGAUGGCGAUGAUGUUGGUGACGACUUCGAGGAGGUGGAGGAGGACGAGAACCUGGAUGAUCUGCAGGAGGGAGAGGAUGAUGAAAACCAAGUGGAGUUGCUAACGGCAGGUGAAGGCCAAGCCGUGCCCACACAGAAACGCAUCACAACCCCUUACAUGACGAAAUAUGAGAGGGCGCGUGUAUUAGGGACGAGGGCGUUACAGAUAGCAAUGUGCGCCCCCGUUAUGGUGGAGAUAGACGCUGAGUCAGACCCACUCCAGAUUGCUGCCAAGGAACUGCGAGAACGCAAGAUUCCCAUCAUCAUCCGACGAUACUUACCUGACGGAUCCUUUGAAGACUGGGGCAUUGACGAGCUUAUUAUCAGUGACUUUUAGUUCUCUCUCUCUCUCUCUCUCUCUCUCUCUCUCUCUCUAGGUAGCACGUUUAAGGCUACCACACAAUUAUUUAGUCAUCCUGUUCUCACAUUUCUCCUGUACUUCUUAAUUUAUUCUUCUUAAAUACUUUGAUAACUUUGGACUCGUAUAAUAGUAAGAAUUUUACACUGAAGACUUUCAUCACCAUUCAUAGAGUUCAGUUAAGCCUUUAGAGUGUUUUACCUAAUUCAACAAAGGAACUCAUAAUAUUCAUCUUUUCACCUCCAUUAAAACUUACGAUGUACAAAUUGACAUACAAAUAAAAUAUUUGUCUGA